ACGCUGAGGAUAGCCUUAAAUAUAUCCCAGAGGGUUUUGCACACCUCUACAAUACUGGGAACAGUUAAUUUGUGCUGGAAUCUCCCCCUCUGCCUAUAAAUAGCCGAGCCCGGAUCACUGGUGUGUCACUUCUUGCUGCCCCAGCUGAAGUUACAUUGCCAAACUGAUGGCGAAAGAUUCGAACAACGGUAACACGAGUUCCUAUGAAAUUGGGUCGGUCCGGGACUACGUAAUCUGGUCCAUCUUUAACCUCUCCUACAUGAAUUUCUUCUGCUUCGGCCUAGCGGCGCUGCUCUUCUCGGUCAAAUGCAGAGAUCGGAAAAUGCAAGGGGAUUUAGAAGGAGCUCAGCGCUAUGCCCGCAAAGCCCAAGCACUCAACAUCGCUGCCUCUGUACUGAGCAUCCUGGUCUUCAUCGUCUUCAUUGCUCUGGCAGGCGCUGGCGCGUUUCGGGCCUAAUGUGCAGAUGAGAGUAAUUUCCAACCAGGCAGCAACUGAAGCGUAGCCUCUCUGUUCACGGCGCGAAUAGUUGGUGACUGAACCCUUCUCAGCAACAACAUAAAGCCCUUAUAUUGCUCCUCCCUAAUAUGUAUCAUAUCUGGCAUGUUUAAAGUGAUCGGCUUGCAGCUAUAAGGAUUUAGUUUCUUUCAAGCUUGACCAAGGUGUGACUUUGGUUGUAGUAAUAAAACAGUUGUGAAAGUUGUAUUUUCCCAACAAUUUGAGUUGUUUCUGGGUCCAACCAUCAAGGUAGAUGAUAGGAACAAAUGAAUGUGGUACAACAGGUUUU